AUGGCUCAAAUACUGCCCAUUCGCUUCCAGGAGCACUUCCAGCUCCAAAAUUUGGGCAUUAAUCCUACAAACAUUGGAUUCAGCACCCUAACAAUGGAAUCUGACAAGUUCAUCUGCAUAAGGGAGAAAGUAGGAGAGCAGGCACAAGUAGUCAUAAUUGACAUGAGCGAUCCAACAACACCCAUCAGACGUCCAAUUUCUGCAGAAAGUGCCAUCAUGAAUCCAGCCUCUAAAGUAAUAGCACUAAAAGCUCUGAAGUCUUCCGGGAAAACACUUCAGAUCUUUAACAUUGAGAUGAAAAGUAAAAUGAAAGCCCACACAAUGGCAGAGGAAGUGAUCUUCUGGAAAUGGAUAUCGGUGAAUACAGUUGCCUUGGUGACAGAGACAGCAGUGUACCACUGGAGCAUGGAGGGAGAAUCACAACCCCAAAAGAUGUUUGAUAGACAUGCUAGUCUUGCAGGCUGCCAAAUCAUCAAUUAUAGAACAGAUGAACACCAAAAAUGGCUGCUGCUGAUAGGAAUUUCAGCACAGCAAAAUCGUGUGGUUGGUGCAAUGCAGCUCUACUCGGUUGACAGAAAAGUAUCCCAGCCUAUAGAAGGCCAUGCAGCAGCUUUUGCAGAAUUCAAAAUAGAGGGAAAUGCCAAACCUUCUACCCUCUUCUGUUUUGCUGUGAGGAGUCCUGCAGGAGGCAAGCUACACAUAAUCGAAGUAGGUCAGCCAGCUACUGGAAAUCAGCCAUUUGUUAAGAAAGCUGUUGAUGUGUUUUUCCCACCUGAGGCACAGACAGACUUUCCUGUGGCAAUGCAGAUUGGAAUUAAGCAUGGUGUUAUUUAUCUGAUCACGAAGUAUGGGUAUAUCCACAUGUAUGAUUUGGAGUCUGGAGUGUGCAUCUACAUGAACCGUAUAAGUGCUGAUACUAUCUUUGUCACAGCUCCUCACGAACCUACCUCAGGCAUUAUUGGUGUGAACAAAAAAGGGCAGGUGCUUUCAGUGUGUGUUGAGGAAGACAACAUAGUGAACUAUGCUACGAAUGUUCUCCAGAAUCCUGACUUGGGACUGCGAAUGGCUAUACGUAGUAACCUUGCUGGGGCAGAGGAGUUAUUUGCCAGAAAGUUUAACACUCUGUUUGCUCAAGGAAACUAUGCUGAUGCUGCUAAAGUAGCUGCAUCUGCACCAAAGGGAAUUCUACGUACCAGCGAUACAAUUAGGAAGUUCCAGAGUGUACCAGCUCAGCCUGGGCAGGCCUCUCCCCUGCUCCAGUACUUUGGAAUAUUGCUUGACCAGGGACAGCUGAACAAAUUUGAAUCUCUGGAGCUCUGUCGCCCCGUCCUGCAACAGGGCCGCAAGCAGCUUCUGGAAAAGUGGCUGAAGGAGGACAAGCUGGAGUGCUCAGAGGAGCUGGGAGACUUGGUGAAGACGGCUGACCCCACCCUUGCACUCAGCGUCUACCUUCGGGCUAAUGUGCCAAACAAAGUGAUUCAGUGCUUUGCUGAAACUGGUCAAUUCCAGAAAAUAGUGCUGUAUGCUAAGAAGGUUGGCUAUACCCCAGACUGGAUCUUCUUACUGAGAAGUGUGAUGAGAGUCAGUCCAGAACAAGGCCUGCAGUUCUCUCAGAUGCUGGUACAGGAUGAGGAGCCACUGGCUAACAUUAACCAGAUUGUGGAUGUGUUCAUGGAGCACAGUCUUCUGCAGCAGUGCACAUCCUUUUUGUUGGAUGCCCUGAAAAACAACCGCCCUGCAGAAGGCCACCUUCAAACCCGUCUCUUGGAAAUGAAUUUGAUUCAUGCCCCACAGGUAGCAGAUGCCAUUCUUGGAAACCAAAUGUUUACACACUAUGAUCGUGCUCAUGUUGCCCAGCUGUGUGAAAAGGCAGGCUUGCUCCAGCGAGCUUUGGAACACUACACGGAUCUCUAUGAUAUUAAACGUGCAGUUGUUCAUACUCACCUCUUGAAUCCUGAGUGGCUUGUGAACUUCUUUGGCUCUCUCUCAGUUGAAGACUCUGUGGAGUGUUUGCGUGCCAUGCUGUCAGCCAACAUUAGGCAAAACCUACAGCUCUGUGUGCAAGUUGCUUCUAAAUACCAUGAACAGCUUGGCACCCAGUCCCUUGUGGAGCUUUUUGAAUCUUUCAAAAGCUAUGAAGGACUGUUCUAUUUCUUGGGUUCCAUUGUAAACUUUAGCCAGGAUCCAGAUGUUCACUUCAAGUACAUCCAAGCAGCUUGCAAGACUGGUCAGAUAAAGGAAGUGGAAAGAAUCUGCCGUGAAAGUAACUGCUAUAAUCCAGAACGAGUGAAGAACUUUCUGAAGGAGGCAAAGCUCACAGAUCAGCUUCCUCUGAUCAUUGUCUGUGAUCGGUUUGACUUUGUUCAUGACCUGGUGCUCUAUUUAUAUCGCAAUAAUCUGCAGAAGUAUAUCGAGAUCUAUGUACAGAAGGUGAAUCCUAGCCGUAUACCAGCAGUGGUUGGAGGGCUUCUUGAUGUUGAUUGUUCUGAGGAUGUCAUCAAGAACUUGAUCAUGGUGGUGAGAGGGCAGUUCUCCACGGAUGAGCUGGUGGCUGAAGUGGAGAAAAGAAAUCGGCUCAAGUUGUUGUUGCCAUGGCUUGAAUCAAGGAUUCAUGAAGGCUGUGAAGAACCUGCGACUCAUAAUGCUUUGGCCAAAAUCUACAUUGACAGUAAUAAUAAUCCAGAGCGCUUCCUUCGUGAGAAUCCUUACUAUGACAGCCGUGUAGUUGGCAAAUACUGUGAAAAGAGGGACCCUCAUCUGGCCUGUGUUGCUUAUGAGAGGGGGCAGUGUGAUCUGGAACUCAUAAAGGUGUGCAAUGAGAACUCCCUGUUCAAGAGCGAGGCUCGCUAUCUGGUGCGCAGGAAGGACCCUGAGCUCUGGGCAAAUGUGCUGGAAGAAAACAACCCAUUCAGGCGGCAGCUUAUUGACCAGGUUGUCCAAACAGCUUUAUCAGAGACACAGGAUCCAGAGGAAGUUUCUGUAACUGUGAAAGCUUUCAUGACUGCUGAUUUGCCAAAUGAACUGAUUGAAUUAUUGGAAAAAAUUGUCUUGGAUAAUUCUGUAUUCAGUGAACACAGGAAUCUCCAGAAUCUGCUGAUCCUGACUGCCAUUAAGGCUGACCGCACUCGUGUGAUGGAAUACAUCAAUCGGCUGGAUAACUAUGAUGCCCCAGAUAUUGCAAACAUUGCCAUCAGCAAUGAGCUAUAUGAAGAAGCCUUUGCUAUAUUCAGAAAAUUUGAUGUCAAUACUUCAGCCAUUCAGGUGCUGAUUGAGCACAUUGGCAACUUAGACCGUGCUUAUGAAUUUGCAGAGAGAUGUAAUGAACCAGCAGUGUGGAGCCAGCUGGCCAGAGCACAGCUCCAGAAGGAUUUGGUGAAGGAAGCCAUUGACUCCUAUAUAAAGGCAGAUGAUCCAUCUGCCUACAUGGAAGUCGUUCAGGCAGCUAAUAGAAAUGAUAAUUGGGAGGACCUAGUCAAGUUCUUACAGAUGGCCAGGAAGAAGGCUAGAGAGUCUUACGUAGAGACAGAACUUAUUUUUGCUUUGGCAAAAACUAAUCGUCUGUCAGAACUGGAGGAGUUUAUUAGUGGCCCUAAUAAUGCCCAUAUACAACAGGUCGGUGAUCGCUGUUAUGAAGAGGGGAUGUAUGAAGCAGCAAAACUUCUCUAUAACAACGUAUCCAACUUCGCUCGCCUGGCAUCUACCUUGGUUCACCUUGGGGAAUAUCAGGCAGCAGUGGAUAGUGGCCGCAAAGCCAAUAGCACGAGGACUUGGAAGGAGGUCUGCUUUGCCUGUGUGGAUGGAAAAGAAUUUCGCUUGGCACAGCUCUGUGGCUUACACAUAGUCAUUCAUGCUGAUGAACUUGAGGAGCUGAUUAGUUACUAUCAGGAUCGUGGCUACUUUGAAGAACUGAUUGCCCUUUUGGAAGCUGCUUUGGGCCUAGAGCGUGCUCACAUGGGGAUGUUUACUGAACUUGCCAUCUUAUACUCUAAAUUCAAGCCUCAGAAAAUGAGGGAACAUCUGGAGCUCUUCUGGUCUAGAGUUAAUAUUCCAAAGGUGCUCAGAGCUGCAGAACAGGCUCAUCUCUGGGCAGAACUUGUAUUCCUCUAUGAUAAGUACGAGGAGUAUGACAAUGCAAUAAUUACCAUGAUGAAUCAUCCCACUGAUGCCUGGAAAGAAGGCCAGUUUAAAGACAUAAUUGCCAAGGUGGCCAAUGUGGAGCUGUACUACAAAGCCUUGCAGUUCUACUUAGAUUACAAACCUCUGCUGAUCAAUGAUCUCCUGCUUGUAUUAUCUCCACGACUAGAUCACACCAGGACAGUCAAUUUUUUCUCAAAGGUUAAUCAACUACUUCUAGUAAAGCCUUAUCUGCGUUCAGUCCAGAACCACAACAACAAAGGAGUUAACGAAGCUCUAAACAACCUUUUAACAGAAGAGGAAGAUUUCCAGGGUUUGAGAGCUUCCAUUGAUGCCUAUGACAACUUUGAUAACAUAACGUUGGCUCAGCGUCUGGAAAAGCAUGAACUAAUUGAAUUUAGGCGUAUUGCAGCGUACUUGUACAAGGGUAACAACCGCUGGAAACAGAGUGUGGAGCUGUGCAAGAAAGAUCGUCUGUAUAAGGAUGCUAUGCAGUAUGCUGCAGAGUCCAAAGAUGCAGAGCUGGCUGAGAAGCUGCUCCAGUGGUUCUUGGAAGAAGGCAAGCAGGAGUGCUUUGCAGCCUGCCUUUUCACGUGCUAUGACUUGCUGCACCCAGAUGUAGUCCUUGAGUUGGCAUGGAGACAUAACAUCAUGGACUUUGCAAUGCCUUAUUUCAUCCAAGUGAUGAGAGAGUACCUUACCAAAGUGGAUAAACUUGAUGCUUCUGAAAGCCUAAGAAAAGAAGAGGAACAAGUAACUGAACCCACUCCAAUAGUAUUUGGCCAGCAGUUGAUGUUAACAGCAGGCCCCAGUGCAGUACCUCCCCAGGCAAACUUCCCAUAUGGAUACACAGCACCAGGAUUCACCCAGCCGCCUGUUUAUGGUUUCAAUAUGUAAUUUGCUCUCUG